CCCGUCACAAGCUCCAGGUCCCGGCCCGGCUCCGUCACUGGACCCCACUCCGGCCCGGUCCCGGCGUUCUUACCCGUGCUUGCCUUAUCAAACUUUCACGUUCACUGUCUGGACUGGUGUUUACUUCCUUACACCCAACCUCAGCGGUGCGCCUUCCAUGAGGGGUGACUUCAAGAUGGCGGGUGCCAUCCACUUUCUGGCCUGCUUCCCUGGGAGCUUCCCUAGCGGCAUUGGUGAUUCUUUCCAUGGACACUCCCUUUCAACAAUUUCUGCAAAUGUUCCUGCUCAAAAAUAGGAACGUGGUUGGCUCUAGGAAUGGGAGGGAUUGUGAUGGCAGUCAUUAUCCGCCGAGAACAGCAACUCCAUUACCAUGACCAUGACCACGACCAUGACUAUGACGACCAAGCCCAACUCAUACUUCGCCUACAAGCGUGAUAUCAGCCCCCUCGUCUACUGGGUCUUGCAAACAUCCAACGCUCUCAUCUGGUCUCUGCCAUCGUCAUACCCAGACGCCCCUCAAGUGCCUCUCGACAACCCGGAGAUCUCUCUUUCAAGCCUCGUUUCCCUCUCCAAGCUCAUCGGCAAGCACGUUGAUCCGGGUGAUGUUCCGACCCCCGUCCUGGGCUUGUUUCAAUCCGUCAUCGACGCGAUAGCGACUUCCCAUGCCACUUUUCAACGUAUCGCAACCAAGAAACCACACCCUGACGUCGAGAAUGGCAGUGCUUUCCUCAAGAGCUUCGUCGAAGACCUGAGAGAAUGCCUCAACGCUCUCGGCGGUUGGAAUUGGGCCCUCCAUAAUUAUACCUUGUCAGACCGCCUGUCUUCCUGUCUUCCCUUAACCAAAGAAAAACUCGACUGCAUGGUAAUCAAGGAGUUUGGCGCACUCGAUCUCCCUGAAGCUCCCGAGGCCGACCAAGACUCGGAGCAAGAGACGCCUCAGCAAGUCGGUCCCCGGGUUGGACACCAGCGGAAACAAGCUAAACCCGGAAAAGGCAAGAAGGGGAGGCGUAAGAAAGACCGCGAGACAUCCAAGUCCAAGGUUGAGGAUACCAAGAAGGGAUCUCUCGACGACGUGUUCGGCAAGGAGCCGCUGGACAGUUUCGAUCUCACUCUGGAUCAGGAUGGUACCACUAUAGGUUGUAUCAUGGCUGUCUACGACCUGUUCAAAGAAUGUUUUGAUCUCAGAGCAUAUCUUCAGGACGUGUGGUACGAGGUUGCCUACGAAGGGCUCAACAGUGCAGUAGCGGGUGCCCUUUCCAACACCGCCCGUAUCAUGAUCCAACGUUCUACAGACACCAUGUUGGCAGAUUUCCCUGACAAAGACUCUUAUCAGAGCGUCAUAAACACCAUGUCCUCCGUCUUUGGGUUCAACGCUGAGCCAGAGGGCACAGGAGCCAAUAGUCGAGACGAGCACCUCGCGGAUGUCAAGGAGAUGUUUCUAGUGCAUGCCUACCACGACCUUCUUGAUUUCGUCACUGACUACCAGAAGAACCGAAAUGGUAAACCGACAAAACGGAUGAUGAAGGAAAUCAACAACUGGAACCCCGACUUCGACCUCCAACGCGCCACCAUGGAAGAGCGUCUCAAAUGGCGUCGUUCCUAUACCAUCAACUGGCUAUAUGACCUACUCAGAGUCUUCUCUCACAGACUGGAAGAGAUGGACGCGGCCAUUAAAAAAAAGGUUCCGGACGUCAUAAAGCGUCGACAAGCACAAACCCAAAAACUGUUGGGGAUCACGGAGUUUGCCGCGCUUAUUUAUCGUCUCGCUACCGAGAAGCCCGGCAUUGACAUUCGCGAGCAGGUCCUACCCCUCCAUGUCUUCCAACUGCAGUGUAUCGUCGAUUCGCUUGCCGUGACAAAGGGCUGGACAUAUGAUCUACUCAAGGGGCACGUUUUGAUUGGACCUCCGCCCGCCGACAGAUUCCGGCCUAUGCGCGAUGUAGACACCUUUCUCCACGGCAUCGGUGACCCUGGCCAUCUACUCAAGGGGCACGUUUUGAUUGAACCUCCGCCCGCCGACAUAUUCCGGCCUAUGCGCGGUGUAGACACCUUUGACCCACGGCCAGGCUUCUUUUACGGAUUCUCGCGGCUGAAAGCGACACUAACGUUCGAGGCCGUUGUGAACAAGAGGAAGACGGAUAACGAUGUGCACAUCCAGGAGUUACUCGAGGCCGCCCACGGUAUAGGUACUCAGUUUCUCGGAAAGUCCCCGGACCUGGGGGAUGAAUCCCGAUUUUGCACGACAAAUUCAAACGGGUUGUGGCACUAUUCGCCUUUUCUUUGCGGCGUCGGUCUUGUAGAAGCUCUGGACUUGGAGUUUCUCUUAAUCCUGUAUGUCUGGGGGCACCAUCGUGAACCUGUGGUGCUAAUGCAUUUAUACAAUAUGCUGCUCCGAGAAGGCUAUCUCGACAAGCCUAUUGAUUUGUUCGAAAGCCUGCAGCGGCUCUUCCAAAGUGGCUUCUUCCAGAAUGGAAAGAUCCCUGUUGCAGACUAUGGUGUCGCCCUACCUGAGUUCUUAAUCCCCCUCGAGAAGAAAGUGCUGAACAAUAAAGGAAAGAUCAGAUUCCCGAGUGGUUUUGGCGUACCCUGUUGUGUUACGAUUCCAUACGAGUCUUUCUUGGUCCUUUUACGCGAGGCAAAAUGGAACGUUGACAAGAUCUCUGAUGCUGAGGUGCCUCUGUCUUCACUUCUUGCGAAGCUUCGUAUCGCUCAAACCGAGCAAAUCUUUGAUCCCGACACCGGUAAAAGACGUUUGAAGGAAACAGUCCUCGUUAAGCGGGCCAAGGCCGCAUUCAUCUCCGAAGGCCUCGCUGAAGGCCUCGCCGAAGAAAAGUUGCUAGCCAUUGCGGAAGCGCUGGAGGAACUCAACUCGGUGGAAAAGCAACAAGCAGAGUUUUCAGCUGACAAGGUGGUCUACACAACGCCGCAAGGUUUCAGCAACAGCGAGUGGCUCGACUUCAUGAAGGUCGAUAUCAUGGCCGAUGUCGAUGGCGACCAUCCGCUAUGCGGCCUCAACUUAGCCUGGCUCACGUGCUACAUGAUCGAAAUCUUCGGCAAAAUCGAGCGGGAGUUGUUCGAGCUUCGCAACGAGACUUUGCGUGGUCUUUGCAAUGAUAAUGGCCAGUAUGAUAGCAGCAAGUGGAGAUAUAAAGGGGCAGACGGACGCUCUCUCCUGAUUGUGGAGGCCAUGACCAAAAAAGACGAGCAAGUUCUUGAGGUCGCCGCUAGGCAUCUCACAAACCCUCUCAAGUCGUUGUCGGACUUUAUCCAUUGGGAUAAGCUCAGGAUUGGCGCCGGGGGAUCAUCGCCGCCGACGGGUGAUGAAGCUACCGCCGAUGCCUGUGUUAGUACUGUCGAGAAGAAGGACGUUCAUAUGGAUCAAUGCGUGGUUAUCAAGGGCGUAGCUAUGGAUGACGGCACUGUGUGGGUUAGGAAUUGAGUAGAUAAAUUUUUUUUUUCUUUUUGUUUUGUCACUAGCAUGCACAACAGUAUAUCCUAGUGUUUUGUUACAGCGUAUGAU